AUGGCGGCCACCCGCGAUGACUGCGGCAGCUGGUGGCUGUACCUGUCCCUAGCCGCCAAAUGCGCCGGCGGCGACCAGCCUUACCGCCUCGCCGGCUUCCUGGCGGUCUGCGCCGUGGCCUUCGUCGUCACUUGCCUCCUCUACUGGUGCUUCCCUGGAGGUCCGGCGUGGGGGAGGUGGUGGUGGACACGGACACGUCUGGUCGGUGGCGCGGCGGCGGCGGCCGUGCCGGGGCCGAGGGGCCUGCCCUUGAUCGGGAGCAUGUGGCUCAUGACGGGCCUGGCGCACCGCAAGCUCGCGGCGGCGGCGGACAGCCUCCGCGCCAGGCGCCUGAUGGCGUUCUCCCUCGGGGGCACGCGUGUGGUGGUGGCCGCGCACCCGGACGUGGCGCGGGAGAUCCUCAACAGCCCGGCGUUCGCGGACCGGCCCAUCAAGGAGUCCGCGUACGGGCUCCUGUUCCACCGCGCCAUCGGGUUCGCGCCCUACGGCGCCUACUGGCGCACGCUGCGCCGCGUGGCGUCCACGCACCUCUUCUCCCCGUGGCAGGUCGCCGCCUCGGCCGCGCAGCGCGCCGUCAUCGCGCGCCAGAUGGUCGCCGCCAUGAAGGAGCUGUCGGCGGCGGCCUCGGCCUCCGGGCGCGACGGCUUCGAGGUCCGCCGCGUCCUGCGCCGCGGGUCGCUGCACAACGUGAUGUGGUCGGUGUUCGGCCGGCGGUACGACCUGGAGCUGGACCCGGCCAAGGAGAGCCCGGAGACGCGGGAGCUGAGGAGCCUCGUGGACGAAGGCUACGACCUGCUGGGCCAGCUCAACUGGUCCGACCACCUCCCCUGGCUCGCGCGCUUCGACCUGCAGAGCACCAGGUCCAGGUGCGACCGCCUCGUCCCGCUCGUGAACCGCUUCGUCGGCGGCACCAUCGACGAGCACCGCGCCCGGAACGACCUCCGCUCCGAUCCACCCGCCGUCAUGGACUUCACCGACGUGCUCCUCUCGCUGCCGGCCGACGACAGGCUCACCGACUCUGACAUGAUCGCCGUCCUCUGGGAAAUGGUGUUCCGUGGAACUGACACAGUUGCCGUGCUGAUCGAGUGGGUGCUGGCCAGGCUCGUGCUGCACCCUGACGUGCAGGCCCGUGUCCACGACGAGCUGGACCGCGUGGUCGGCCCCGACCGGGCCGUGACCGAGUCUGACUCGGCGUCACUGGUCUACCUGCACGCCGUGAUCAAGGAGGUGCUCAGGAUGCACCCGCCGGGCCCACUGCUGUCGUGGGCGCGCCUCGCCACGUCGGACGUGGUCGUGGACGGGCACCUCAUCCCCGCCGGCACCACCGCCAUGGUGAACAUGUGGGCCAUAACACACGACCCGGACGUGUGGGCGGAGCCGACGGAGUUCCAACCGGAGAGGUUCAUGGGAUCCACCACCGCCGAGUUCCCGAUAAUGGGGUCGGACCUCAGGCUCGCGCCGUUCGGGGCGGGCCGGCGCAGCUGCCCGGGGAAGAGCCUCGCCAUGGCCACCGUGGCUUUCUGGCUCGCGACGCUGCUGCACGAGUUCGAGCUGCUCCCGUCGCCCGACCCGGCGCGCGGCGUCGACCUGUCGGAGGUGCUCAAGCUGUCGUGCGAGAUGGCCGUCCCGCUGGCCGUGACGGCGAGGCCCCGGCAAGCGGUGUGA